AUGACCCGCCAUGCCCUCCGCAAACCACAGGCCAAACACACCAUCUCGCUCCCCCCAAACGGCAUCAUCACAUUAAAACCCGGAUCCCCAUCCCUGGUCCGUAGCAGGCCACUCGGGACGAGCGAUGUAGUUCUCACAUUCACGAUCCCACCACCCUCAUCGCAUACGACGUAUAUCAUGCAUAUCUCCGAGCUGCAGAACCUCGACUCUUGCUUCGUCCAUUUCACACUCUUGACUCAGCAGCAACUGCACUACAAUACAACGGCAAGAGACGAAUGCCAUGUCACGGUCUUCACGGCCCAUCGGCAAGACGUAAUCCGUGAGCGAGUCGCCGCUCAGAUCCGGAAACGGAUGAACACCCGGUCUCAUUCCCAAAUACAUAUAGUGUGGAGGGAGUUCGAUGCUGGAAACAAGACUACUACCAGGGAGGAUGGCUCUGAUUCGGAUGUAGAGGGAUUGGUGCAGGGGAGGGUGGAGGUGCAGUAUUGUGGCUAUGAUUACAGCCCCAAAACAAAUGUUGAUGCGAGGGUGGUUUAUGAUACGUGUUAUUAG